AUGGGCCGGGACGGGCCGUGGCUCAACCUGUCCGGCAGCGCCUGUGCGGCGGGCGGGCCCUUCCCCGCCGGCACGGCCGCGCUGCUGGCCGCGCUCAUGGGGCUGCUGGUGCUGGCCACGGUGCUGGGCAAUGCCCUGGUCAUUCUGGCCUUCGUGGUGGACCGGAGCCUCCGCACGCAGGGAAACUUCUUCUUCCUGAACCUGGCCGUGGCCGACCUGCUGGUGGGCGGCUUCUGCAUCCCCCUCUACAUCCCCUACGUGCUGACGGGCGAGUGGAGGCUCGGCAGGGGCUUGUGCAAGCUGUGGCUGGUGGUGGACUACCUGGUGUGCACCGCGUCCGUCUUCAACAUCGUCCUGAUCAGCUUCGACAGGUUCAUCUGUGUCACCAGAGCGGUCAGCUACAGGGCUCAGCAAGGGAUGACCAGAAAUGCAGUUCUGAAGAUGAUGACUGUAUGGAUUGCUGCUUUUCUCCUCUACGGGCCAGCCAUCCUCAGCUGGGAGCACAUUGCCCAAAAGAGCAUCCUCCCUGAAGGAGAAUGUCAUGCAGAAUUCUUCUACAACUGGUAUUUCCUAAUGAUUGCCUCUACUGUUGAAUUCUUUACACCUUUCAUCACUGUUAUGUACUUUAACUUAAGUAUUUACCUCAACAUCAGGAAACGCACACUGCUUCGAAAUGAAAACCUCUCACUCGGUCAAGAGGACUGUGAAAUGAAUUUCCAGGGGGGGAAAAGGGCACACUCUGUGUUUUUUGUAAAGCCAGCUCAGAGAGACAAACAUGAGCAGAGAGCAAGCAGCCUUCUUCCCCCAGGGAAGGCUCCAAGGCCUCAGGCCUCAGCUGAGCUGGGCAAACACCCACCCAACCUGAGUGCCAGCCUUGAGCUCCCAGCCCUGCAGGUGGGUGCACAGACCAGGCCUCCCAGGAAUGGCUUCUGCCCAGCACCACAAAGCCUUUGCCAGCCCAGCAGCAAAGUGGACGUUGCUAACAUCAUGGCAAACAGAUUCAGGCUGUCCCGGGAUAAGAGAGUAGCAAAGUCCUUAGCAGUGAUUGUCUGUGUGUUUGCCUUGUGCUGGGCUCCGUACACACUGCUGAUGAUCAUCAGGGCAGCCUGCCACGGGCACUGUGUGCCCUACUCCCUCUAUGAGAUCUCAUUCUGGCUCCUCUGGGUCAACUCAGCCAUCAACCCUGUUCUCUACCCCCUGUGUCACAUGAGCUUUAGGAAAGCCUUCAUAAAACUCCUGUGUCCACGGAAAGCCAAAAUUCAUCCUGACAUUUUGAUGUGAGAAGUAGGAAGGCUGAAAAUUAGUACAAUAUUGUAUUUGGUGGGAACACCAAAAAGCAAGUAUUGCAAUACCUGCAAAUAUUUAUGGAAUACUGGUAAGUAGGCACAAGUGUAGAUAUUUAUGAAUAUGUAGAAAUACAGUUAUCCAUGUAGCUAGGAAAAUCACAGCAAUGAAAAGAAAGGUCAUUUUUCAAAGCUCUUUGGGAAAUUACACCAACAGUGUAUUUUCUGAUAAUGGUGGACUACUGUUGAAGUGCUGAAAACAAAAAAUAACUUUCAUGGCUAAUAAUCAGAGUUCAGGCUGUCACUUUUAAUAACUGUAAAUAUUGCUGGAAUUUCAUGAAGCAUUAAUCUUAGAUGUCUUAUAUCUUGUCCCAAACCCACUUCAAGAUAUCAAGAAUCUCAGUUGUCAAGUCUAGGAUGCUUUCCCUGCCUCCACUCAGUGGCAAGUCAAAUAAGGAUGACCAAAGAUAAAAAUACAGGAAAAGCAUGGGACAGGAGGCAGCACAACAGUGAUGUUACCAGAGAAGCUGAGCAACUGUAGCAGGUAAGGGAGCCCUGAUGUGAGGGAAAAGGUGAUGGAAAUAGAAGAAAGUGGAAUAUUUAGUAGAACAAAGUCCAGGAACAGAAGUAAAAAGGGUUUUGAGCUUUUUAAUAGGAGAUACAAGAAUUGGUGACUUACACACUGGAAGAGUUUCACUAGGAGUUCCCUCCCUCAGCAGUGACUUCCUGACCCCCACCAGGAUCCUGCAUGGGCAGGAAUCUACUGAGGUCAAAACUCCACUGCUUACAGGGCUGAGGGUAUCACCCUGUGCUUUGCAGUAAGCCUAAGUAGUCUAUGAGAUCCAUGACAGAGCUUUAGGUAAACUUCCCUUCCAGUAAUUUUUAAAACAUUUACAGCUGGACCUUUACUACUUCUGGCUAAAUUAAAAAAAAAAGAAAAA